UGCUCUUGGCGACGCUUGCUUGACAAACGACGCGAGGAAGCAGGAACUUAGCAAUAAUCGGAUUUCAAGUACAGUACGCAGAUAUAGAACCUGCUAUAGUAGUGCCAGUCAACCUUACGGCAUACCCGCUCUCAUCGAACGCAAAUAUCCGACUUCCAGCAUGGCUGCACCGAAAGAACUGUCUCGCGCCAAAGCGCACGGUGGCUUCGUCGUGAAGUUUUCCCACCAAUCGUCGCUUCUCGGUUGCGAAAUGAAAUACUCGGUCUUUCUGCCACCGAACUACGCAACCAACUUGAACCACAAGUUCCCCACCCUCUACUUUCUAUCGGGCUUGACUUGCACUGAAGACAACUUCAUGCAAAAGGCCGGAGGCAAGAACGUGAUGGCGGAACUGGGGCUCAUCGUGGUUUCGCCGGAUACGAGCCCACGUGGACUGGGUAUUGAGGGCGAAGACGAUAGUUGGGAUUUCGGGACAGGCGCUGGAUUCUACGUUGAUGCGACAGAGGAAAAGUGGAAGAACUACAAGAUGUACUCGUACAUCACAGAGGAGCUGCCCAAGACCGUGGAGGGACACCUGAGAAUCGACACGGCGAAGGUCGGCGUAUUUGGGCACUCCAUGGGAGGGCAUGGAGCGAUUGUACUGGGUCUCCGGAAUCCGGAGAAGUACAAAAGCAUCUCGGCUUUCGCUCCUAUUGCGAAUCCGAUGAACGUGCCCUGGGGCAAGAAGGCAUUUUCGAACUAUCUCGGGGCCACCAACACCUCGGCGUGGAGCAAGUACGAUUCGACAACGUUGAUCGAGUCCUAUAACGGACCCAAACGCGACGUUUUAGUUGAUCAAGGCACCAGCGACAACUUCCUCGAGGAACAGCUGCAGGUUUUCAAAUUGACAAGUGCCGCAGAGACGAAUGACAAAGUACAGGUGCAAGUCCGUAUGCAGGAAGGAUACGAUCAUAGCUACUUCUUCAUCAGCACCUUUGUAGAGGACCAUUUGAGGUGGCAUGCGGAAAAGUUGAGCAAAUGAAGGUUGAGGUCAUAGGAUAGCAUAGGAAAAGGGAGAGCUUCGAAACGUCGGCGUAUCUCAAUAAGUUGUUAAUCUUCAUGUUCUAGUCCGUACGUCCAAUACGCAAAACUACCGGAUGACGUGUGAGACGGACGC